GUGGGCAUGAAUCGUACACGGAGUGGCAUUGGCACUGGACGCAGUAGUUGGGGAAUUCAAUCCAACUUGGCCAGCGGCGACGCGUGAACGACAGCAGUCGGGGUCGAGCAUGUCCCGGUGGGUUGGAUGGGUCUUUGGCUUGAAGCGCGACGUACGCCUGCUCAUGGUCGGGCUGGACGCCGGUGGGAAGACCACCAUCUUGUACAAGCUCAAACUCGGCGAAGUCGUGACCACGAUUGCCACGAUUGGAUUCAACGUCGAGACGGUCAAGUACAAGGAGCUUGAAUUUACGGUGUGGGACAUUGGUGUUGGGAGCAAAGGGCGCGGUUUGUGGCAGCACUACUACUCCAAUACGCACGCGCUCGUGUACGUGGUCGACGCGAACGAUCGAGAUCGCAUGGCUGAGGCCAAGUCCGAGCUCCACAACGCGCUGGCACACGAAGCGUUGAAAAACGUAUGGGUGCUCGUCUUUGCCAACAAGCAAGACCUCCCCACAGCGAUGACCACGGACGCCGUUGCUGCCACGAUGGACAUGCACAAGUUGCCGCACAAGCGAUGGCACGUACAAGGGGCGUGCGCAACGAAAGGCGUCGGGCUGUACGAGGGGCUCGAUUUUGUGGUCAAAUCUGUACUCGAACCUGCAACUGCACUGAACCAAGGCUAACGGCACUAAAGUCAAUACAUGUCCCGUUUGAGAGUGCAUGGGCGUUGUCCGUGCUCCAGUCAUCAUGCCAGAAGCCAACUCUUGCCGGACGUCGUCAAUGGAACAAGCGGACGUUCGUCCACGAGCGCAGGAAGAACCCAGUCGGGCACAUUCGUCGAGCUAUCGUCCGAAAGGUUUUGAACUGACACGUUGUGUGAAAGGUGGAUCUCGU